AAGCCAAUGAUUUGGUAAGAAUGCAUCCAGUAGCUAUGAUCCGAUCCAUUUAAAUGGAGUUAUUCUUAUAAAAUGCGCAUCCGUGCCAAAUGUAACUAUAUCAUGAUCGAACAUUGAAACUUCCAGAUAAUACACACGGCCAAAGAGCACGUCGGACCAAACUAGAAACGCUUGGAAACCACCAUAUCAGUAUUUGACUCGGAUUCAAAAACUUUAAAUUUAAGACAAAAUCAACGCUUGCGUAGUGCUAUCUUUCUUCAAGUUUGACAGGACGAAGAAAUAAAAUCAAUGCGGGUCCCAGGCCCGAGCUCCUGGAGAGAUUUCUAAAUUCGGUAACUUUUCGUCAGUUGCUGGCUGGACUCAGUCGGAAGUGAACGGAAUGUAAUUAGGAGCUAACCAAAGGAACGAUGUGAUUUCCAAAGAUUCCUAAUUGUUCUGGAAUUGUACUUGUGUUUACUCUGAAGUCGGCUUUAGGAAAUCAUGAGUGGCAUUACCCUGCCUCCUAUCCCGGGGGCUAUCCCCCUCCACACUCGCUCCCUCCCUAGUGGAUUUGAGACCACUCGUUCCCGCCCCUCCAGCAGUGGGAGUCAGUGUAGCUCUUAUUCUAUCGUCCCUCACGUCUAUUAUGAUCACUGUUCCUUCCGCUCAUCAGGUCUCGCCAACACCUCCGGAAUACCUCGGUCUUAUGCCAAACUGCCCUCCCUCCGUACCAGCAGGAGAUCUGGAUACAACCCAAACACAGACGUACGUGCAAGGUACUCCGCCAAAUUCAGGAAAACCCCUGACCCAUUCAAAAACAAACUCACAGCAGAUUCCCCGUAUCUGAACAAGUCAACAGUAGAAGACUGUCUUAAAUGCUUAUUAAAAGUUCCACACAAAAGAUGCGAAUCGCACAAAUACAUCCGUGUGGGUGGAGGCUAUCGCCAUGGUUACUGGUACGUUAAAUGUUUAUUGGAAGAAUUAGAGCUACAGAGGCAGCGAGAGCUUAUACUCAAACAGAGGCUAGAAUCAAUCCGCGAAAAACAGGUCAAGGCAGUGAAAACCUACAUUCGAACAAAAAGUGGACGAUUGGUGGAGAGGAUCAUUUUUCUGUCAGAAGAAGACUAUGAAGCAUUCAAAGAAGGUAAAAAUGUGUCGGACCUUCUUAAAAAGUACCUCUCAAAAGAUGAAGCGCAAGGUUUGGAAUCAUGGGACAAGGACGAAGUGAAGGCUAUUAAAACAUACGUCAGAACAAAAAGUGGACGACUUAUUGAAAAACUUGUGUAUGUUUCAAAAGAGGAUUACGAUGCUAUAACCCAAGGCAAAGGCGACGCUAAAGCUCUUCUGAAGAAGUAUGCCAAGGACGGAGAAGAAAUAGAGGGUUGGGAUGAAGCUAAAAUGAAAACAAUUAAAACAUAUGUGCGAACUAAGAGUGGACGAAUUAUUGAGAAAACAAUAAUGAUUUCACAAGAAGACUAUGAUGCUAUGAUUCGAGAUGGAAAAGAUCCAGCAGACAUAAUCAAGAAAUAUAUGCCACUUGGUGAUGGUGAAACAUUGGAAUCGUGGCAAAGUGCAGAGCCCAUGAAAGCAAUCAAAACCACAGUAAGAACAAAAAGUGGACGACUAAUUGAGAAAACCAUAUAUGUGUCAGCAGACGAUUAUGAAAGACUUCAGAAAGGUGAUGCCGAUCUGAACGAUAUUCUGGGUAAAUACAUGGGUGAAGAUGGAGGAACAGUAGAAGGGUGGAAGAAAGCUGACCCAACACCAAUGAAGGUUGUGAAAACUUACAUCAGGACAAAAAGUGGUCGUCUGAUUGAAAAACAGGUGUUACUAACAGAGGAAGAAUACAAACAAUUCAUGGAAUCUGGCGGAAACCCAGACUUCCUGAAGAAAUUCAUCCCACUGGAAAAAGGAGAGGUGAUCGAUUCCUGGGAAAAGGCUUCUACAGUGUAUUCUGGAGGUGGAGAUGAUGACCCUGAAUUCAAAAAUGCUAAGGAGGGCCAGCGAAUAGUUGGAAAGGAUGGAACGGUGUAUGAAGUAGUGGUUGAUCCCCUUACAGGAAAAAAGUACAAGAAAAAAGUUGGUAAGCAGUCAGACAUAGAUAGUGGUUUUGAGUCCAUGCAGAAAGGAAAAGGCGGCAAGGGACGAAAAGGAUUGGGCAAAGGAGAAAUUGAUCACAAUGAAACAGCGGAGGAAAGACGAGCGCGAAAAAUGGGGAAAAGGGACCCUGGCAGUGAUAGUGAAUAUAGUUACAGAAGCGAGUAUAGUGCUGGCGGUACAAGACACGUUAGAAGAAGGCGCAAAAGAGCAGAUGGAACACGCAGUGACAGUGAGUCAUAUCACAGUGAUCAGGAUGCUGACGGAGAGGCAAGAAGAAGACGAAGAAGAAGAGACAGAGAGCACGCUGGAAGCGCUCAUAGUUACUACAGUGUUAAAAGCGAGGGUGGAACGCGCCAUGUGAUGCGGAGGCGCAAGAGAGAGGAUGGAACUUACAGUGAUCCGGAAUCUUACCACAGCGCUGACAGCUAUGAGGAGGGUGGAAGAAUGGCGGAUAAGAAGAAGAAAGAAAAGGAGAAGAAAGAGAAAGAAAAACUAAGGAAAACGAAACAAAACAGAGGCGGUGAGGACAGUGACCAUAGCUACUACAGCGAGACAAGUGAAGGUGGUACUAGAAGGACUUUUAGAAAAAAGAAAAUCAGAGAUGAAAAAGGAAAUAUCAUUGGGUACGCAAAGGCACAGGAAUAUGACGAAGAUGAAAUUAGUUUAUACUCCGAAAUAUCAGACGGGAAAGGUGGGAAAAUCCGAGUGAAAAAAGAAAAUCCAAACAGCAAGAAAGCAAAGGCUAAAGCAGCUGCCAAAGAAGCAGCAAAAGCUAAACUAAAAGCCAAACUGGGAAAGGAUUAUGAACCCGUUUUCAGUGACUGUACGACGGACGACGAUGAUGUAGAUUUGGAGAAUAUGACAGAGGAAGAAAAGAAGGCUUACUUUGAAGCGAAAGCCAAACGAGCCGCGGAAAGAGAGAAACGGAGAAGGGAGAAAUAUGGAGAUAAAUAUGACGAGAUGAUGGCCAAACACCAGGAACAAAAGAAAUUGCUGGAGAAGGAAAAGAAGAAGGCAGCAAAACUGGCGGAAUUAAGGGAGAAAGGAUUGAUAAGUCCAUCGUCCGACUGGACAAUAGAUUCAGAUACAGGAGAACCACUCAGGAAGAAGGCCAAAGAAAAGGUCAAACAGGAGAGACAAAAACAGAUGAAAAUGAAGAAGUUACAAGAGGCGAGAGAAAAAGGUCUGAUAAGCCCGUCCUCUGACUGGACGCUGGACUCGGACGGGGAACCAGCAAGAAGAUCGGAACUAGUCAAACAAGGCAAACGCCCUCCUCCAGAAAAGGGAAAGGGGAAGAAAAAAGGCAAAGAUGGAAACGAGGCUGAUGAUGAAAGUGAAGAAGGAAAAGGUGCCAAAGAACGAAGAGAAUCCAAAGUGCUCAAAAAGAAACGGGGAAGUAUAGCGGGAUCUGAUGGAGGAAAAGGAGGAAAAAGAGGGGCAGGUGGUAAAGGUGGGGGUAAGAAAGGGAAAGAACUUACCGGUAAGGAGAAGGCGGCGUUCAAGAAGGGGAAACGAAACAAUGAUAGCGACAGCGAUUACAGCUACAGAAGUGUUGUUAGUGCUGGCGGAACACGUCAUGUGCGCAGGCGCAAAAAGAAUGCAGACGGCACUUACGGUGACAGCGAAUCAUAUCACAGUAGCCAAGACGAGGACGGAGAAGCUAGACGUCGAAAGCGUAGACGUGACCGAGAACACGGAUCUGAUAGUGACCACAGCUAUUAUAGCGUUGUCAGCGCUGGAGGUACACGACAUGUGCGCAGACGCAAGCGCAACGCGGAUGGUACAUAUGGUGAUAGUGAAUCGUACCACAGCGGAGACACAGAUCGAGGAAGCAUGAAUCGAGAGGUCACCAAAACAACUAAAACAACAGAAGAGUCAGAUAGUGAUUAUAGUUACGCAAGUGAAGUCAGCGAAGGUGGUACUAGGUAUGAAGUCAGAAGAAAACGUAUAAGAGACGCCGAAGGAAAAGUGAUAGGACACGGAGACAAGGUUGUUCUCGGAGAAGCCACGAGUGAUGCGGAUUCUGUGCGCACGCGAAGAGGUUCAAUUGAAGGAGGUAACGAACCCCCAGCUCACGUAAAAGAUGUUCUAAAUGAUGAAAAUAUUACUCUACAACGGCGAGGAAUCGGGUCUAUAGGCGAUAUAUCAACAGCAGGGUUAGAUGACCUCAUCAAGAAAUCAAAAUGGCCGGGUGAGGGACUGGAAAGGAUUGCUUCUCACAUGACGCAAGACGAUUUUAGCGAUGCUACAACCGACGAUAAUGUGGAUUUGUCAAAAAUGACAGAAGAGGAAAAAGAAGCUUAUUUCAGAGAAAAGGAAAAGCGGCGAGCAGCGCGCGAAAAAAGACGACGGGAAAAGUAUGGGGACAAAUAUGAUGAAAUCAUGAAGAAAAGAGAACAGAAACGUUUAGAACAACUUCGAAAGGAGAAAGAGGCGGAGGAGCGGGAAGGUACGGACAAACUCGGUGUGGGAAGCAGGCGGUCCUCAAUGAGACGGGCCAGCACCGUUCUUGAUAAAGAUAAACCCAAAGAACGCCCAAAAAGCAUGGUUACAUAUGAGAAAGGUCCACCUCGUGAUUUAGGUCAUAAUCAAAAGAUAGACAACAGAGAAAUAGGAUUGAGUCAUGAGUCGUGGGCGAAUAGUAAACAAGAUAAAAGCAGAAGAGGCAGUGGCGAGUCCAGCCAAGGGGACGGUCCUCGUAGGGUCCUACGUGAACAAACCAUGCUAAAUAAACUUCCAUCCAUUCCACAGGGCAAGUUGUACUCAACAGACAGAAAGGGGAAAAGGGGUGACGGAGGAACGAACGAAGGUUCAACUUUAGGAGGAGAAAGUACAUUUGUUGACGAUGCCUCUGAAAAUGCCGCUGACAAAAAGGAUAAAGAGGAAGAAAAAGAACGAGCAAAGUCGCCAGUUAUGGAAAGAGGGGCAGACGGUAAAUUACGUCCUAAGAAGAAAAAGAUUGACGUAAAUGAGUUAGAUGCAGACACGUUGCGAAAACUUGGCAUCGAUCCAAAUUUAUCGAAAAAAGAGAUUGCCAAAAAGUUGAAGGAACUGUUUGGAGAUGACAUUCAAGUGACUGACGGUGGUGAAGUGAUUGGGACAAAAGACGUAAAAGAUUUUGAUCCAGACAUGACAGACGAUCAGCUGGCGGAUAUGGAGGACCUUGAUUUAUCAACUAUCUCUGGGAAAAGGCGUGUCAACAUUUUGUUUAAACGUGGAGGAUCAGCUCUUCGACAGCAUUUCGAGAGAAUUCUGAAAGCAUGCACGCUCAGAGAAGACAAAGCUUUAGAUUUAGAUGAGAGAGAUUCUUCGAUUGACUUCCUAAACCACUAUCGUCUGGUUGAUCCUAUGAAUCUGGACAACUACGCUAAAGCCUUUGUUGUGGAGGACACAGACUAUGAUACAGUUUUAAACUCUUCAGAUGCAAAGAUGGCUCUAGAUGGAAUUGAAAUGUUGCAGCAUAUGACAGAAAAACAACUCGAUUAUGUUUUUAAGGUUCUUCACAUCGAUGAGGCAUCUCAAGUGACCUUUAAGAUGUUUGCUGUUAUCACUGCUCUUUGCGAACGAGUCACUAAUAUGGAUGAAUUAAGCAAGCAUCUGCUAGACAUCUGCAACCUGGCUGAUGUUGAACGGAAGUUGGAAUUAUAUAAAGCCAUGUUUUAUCACAAUAUUCCCUCUUAUCGGGACACAAACUACGUCACUUCCGAUUCUCUUAAAAUAGAACUUAUUGCUGGUGGUCUCAACUGGAAACAGCAAGAAUUUGUCAUGAAAAAGUUGGAACCAUCGAGAUAUGGCGAGAUUUCAUUUCUGGAUUAUAUGUGUUAUAUCCCACUAUUUCUCUCGAUGCACGAUAACAUUUGUUAUAAUCCGCUGGACAUGUCCAACAAAAAGUAUCAAAUGCCACCACGUAAACGACCCCCGUCCGCCCAGAGGGACAUGAAUCCUUUGGGUGAAAGAUUAAAGAAAACUUCAGAUUUCCUUAUGAAACGCUUAGCAAAAGAUGUCAUGGAAGGCAAAAUUAAUGAUGACUUUUUGAACCCAGAGGAAAAGGAAAAACUAAAGAAAUAUGCAGUACUUCCAGACAUAAGAAAUAUACUGAAGACCGAAAGAGAAGAAACAGGAGACGAAACGUCUUUCAAAGAUUUGAUCUAUUAAUUUGAUGUGGAGAUUGAUAUAAAAAUACAGUUUUCUGUGUGAAACUUUUAUAUAGAUUUACAAAAAGAUGUAUCAGUGAGCUUCGAAUGAAUUAUUUUGUACAAUAUAAG